CUCGAAAUUUCGAUCCUCCGUCGAUCGAGCGCGUAAAGCAGCGAUUUCACCGGAAACACGUUUGUCACGCGGUGGAUAGGAAUGUUUACCGAUUCGAGAUCUACAGAGGAUCAUUUCUUUCGGUGAACGUCACUGGAAACCGCUGAAACCGCGCGAAGUUUUUCCACCCGGCGGCGCCGCCUCGUUUUUCCUCCCCCGGAGGAAUACUUUCGUUAUGCUCCAGAUCCUCCCCUUACGCCGCGCUUUCCCCCUUCCUGCCGCCCCUCCCGUGCAGAAAAUCCGAAGUGAUAAUAAACCAAGACAUCUCGAGUUUCCACAGCCAGUUGGUUCUCGUGUUGCAAAAGACGAGCCGGACAACUGAUCUCCUUCGUCCUGUUCACCCGGGAAGAUGCUCAACUGGCGCAAACGCAAAAAAUGGACGUCUUCCUGCUAAUAACAGGAUACCUUUCGCCGUCGACGGUCCUCCAUGCCUUUUGCCGGCAACUCGCUUUCGAGAUGACCGUCACGUUCGCAUGGAAGCUGUUGAUCCUGAUGGUGCUGUCGGAUCUCCUGGUAACGAGCGCGGUCGCGUUCUUCUUCUCGUCGCUUCUGUCGAGGCUGACGGCGGAGACGAGCAUUCCGUUGGCAGUGAAAGUGACAGACGAAGAAUUUGACUUCGAUGAAGAGUGUCGUCGUCAUCAGACGAAGAAACAGAAGCCUCAUAUCAUCAUCAUUCUCGCCGACGACAUGGGUUGGAACGAUGUGAGCUUUCACGGGUCCGAUCAAAUACCGACGCCGAACAUCGAUGCUCUCGCGUACAACGGGAUCAUCUUGAAUAACCAUUACGUCCCAGCAUUAUGCACACCAAGCAGAACUGCUCUAAUGACUGGAAAGAACCCGAUUCACCUAGGCAUGCAACAUUCUGUUAUCCUCCCCGCUGAGCCGCGAGGGCUGCCGUUAACCGAGAAACUGUUGCCUCAGUACUUGAAAGGAGCAGGCUACAAGACCCACGCGGUCGGCAAGUGGCACCUAGGCUUCCACAGGAAAGCGUACACUCCCACGUACCGCGGUUUCGAUUCCCAUUUCGGCUACUGGAACGGUCUGCAAGAUUAUUACACGCAUAUCACCCAAGAACCAAUGGGAGAGUUUUCGAACUUCCGUGGCUUCGACAUGCGACGGAACCUUUCUGUCGCUUGGGACACCAGUGGCCAGUACUCCACCGACCUCUUCACCAACGAAGCAGUGAGAUUGAUCAGAGAACACGACGCGAAUCAGCCGAUGUUCCUCUAUCUGGCUCACCUGGCGCCUCACAAAGGCAAUCAGAAUCAACUGCUGCGAGCUCCUGACGAGGAAAUCGCGAAGUUCGCGUACAUCGUGGACCCUGAAAGAAGAAUUCAAGCUGCUGUCGUAUCGAAAUUGGACCAAAGCGUCGGCGACGUGAUGGACGCUCUGAGGACCCGUGGAAUGCUGGAAAACAGUAUAGUGUUAUUCAUGAGCGACAACGGCGCGCCAACCGAAGGUUUCCUGAGUAAUCAAGGCAGCAAUUAUCCGCUCCGAGGCAUGAAAGACAGCCCGUGGGAAGGAGGAACGCGCGGAGUCGCAGCUAUUUGGAGCCCACUGAUCCAACAGUCGAAGAGAGUAUCGAAUCAAAUGAUGUUCGUGGCGGAUUGGUUUCCUACGUUGCUGUCCGCUGCAGGUGUGCACGAGAAACACUUUAAUCACCUCGAUGGCUUCAAUCUUUGGCCAGCACUGGUGUCGAACAAACCCAGCUCCAGGGCGGAGAUAGUGCUCAACAUCAACGACGUCGAUAAUUACACAGCAAUCAGACGGGGCGACUUCAAAUAUGUGAUCGGUCAAACGGAAACCGGCAGCAACUGGGUCGGCGCGUCUGGGAGCCCGGCCGAAGGUGUCCCUCCCGUCUACGACCCUGACAAGGUGUUGCACAGCAAAGCAGGCGUCGCGAUUUCCGGAAUCAUAACGGCCAGACAAGCGAUGGAACUGAGAGAAAGGAGAAAACGGAAUCUGGACGAUGCGAUCUUGAGGACGAACUUCCAGGAGAAGAUACUCACCGCCGAUGAGAUACUGCAGUUACGACGGAGUGCUCGACUCGAGUGUAACGUCAAAGACGAAGAGAAGAUCCCUUGCGAUCCCCUAAGAGCGCCCUGCCUCUUCAACAUAGCCAGAGAUCCCUGCGAAAUGGUGAAUCUCGCUGAAAAGCGACCGUUAAUUCUGGCGAUACUAGAGAAAAUCGUGAUGAAGAACAGACUCACCGUUGUGCCUCCCAGCAACUUGGACGGUGACCCCAGAGCAGAUCCGGCACUGUGGAACAACACGUGGACCAGCUGGGACGAACCCAAUCCCUUGGCACUGAGCUACAGGAACACGGAUGGAUUUAAAUUGUAUCCGUCGUCAGCGGUCACCUUGAUGUCCAUAAUCGUUAGUCUGUUCAUCCUCGGUGUGCUGACAUUGCUAAUUGCGAGGUAUAGGAGGCUUGGAUCAUCGAGGAUUGAGAAUGUUGAUUGCGAUUACGAGAUGACCGCGAGUACAAGUGGACACGUACAGUCGUUUACGCCGCAGAGGCUGCUGGAGACCAAACCAGCUUACAUAGUUAAACGCAAUGAAAUAAACUGACAUUAUGCAGCGGGAUGCGCGAGGUCGGAAUCCGUGGUAAUCGUUGUAAAGAUUUAUUAUAGUAACCGAACGUGGACUCGGAGGUCCUGAUCAUGCCUCUUUUGAUAGCCGAAAGGUUCUAUGGGACGUUACAAUUCACGAUGAGCUAAGGAAAAUAGAGUAAUCGAUAAACUGGAUUUAUUUUUCUACGACUUCAACCUCGUGUUAUCUCGUUUCAUUUAUGAUAACAGGCUAUCCUCGUGGUAUACUACGAAGUUAUACUAUUGCCAGGAUAACUGAAAUAGGAUGAAGAAUGAUGACCAGGAAGUACCGCUUGCUUAGCUAAGUUUGUUGUACUCGCGCAAGGUUCGAUCAAUAAAGUAUAGGACGUUGUGUGUACUGAAUCAACCUCUUCGGACUGUUCCGAAAAUCGGAAAGGAGAGAGAAUCAGUUUGACAAUAAAAGAACACGUCCGAUGAAGAAAUAUUUCGUCUUAUAAUUUAUUUAUUCGCCGACGCUUACUUUUCUCUGUACAAAAUUUCGUGGAAAUAGAAAGUUCGAAUCAAUAUGGUCAAAGAAUAACGGACAAUUACGGCACCACCAUCGAUGGACAAGUUGCUACAGUGAACAUACUGUAUCAGUUGUUGCGACGAGACAGAGUUCCUCUCGAACAGCUCUCGUUUCCCUUUCCAAUGGAAAACCAUCGGAAGACGGCCAAGUCGCAGAAACACAAUUUUACGCGAACAGAUUGCAACGCAACGAUUACGAGAACGUGAAAGAGUAAUCAUCGGAGCAAACACACCUCCUGGGUAUCGGUCCGAUACCCGGGAAACAUCUUACAAUAUUAACAGUACUCGUAGCUAAUAAAAUAACUGAAAUAUACAGUUUUCUCCAAGGCAAUUCUUCGUUCAGUGCACCUAAAAACGAUGGCUAUACAACGAUUAUGAUACAAAUGAAGUCGUCUCCUCGGCACUCUCUUCUGACCCGAAGAGGAGAGACUUCCGGUUUAGAUGCCUAGGAAAGCAGGACUCCGUUACCAUCGCUCGGAAAUGUCACGGCGAAAAUACAAAUACUUUUUCAAUCCCCUUCGGCGGGGCGAGCGUAACUCGACGCAAGUAUGGCCACCCGCAACGAUAAACUCGACCAAGACGUUGCUACACAGCAAAUGCAUUUAUCAUGUCCGGCCUAGUCUAAUUACAGGAAUUGUCUUGGCAGUUGGCACUUGGCAGGAAUGUAUCCAGAAGGCAAGGAGGAUGUCCACUUCACCGAUGUCAGAAGCCCAUCACAUGUGUACCACCUUUGGCGUGCUAUAAGAAAACCAUAGGACACGUGAAACAAAAGUCUUUCAAGUUGAAUAACAUUCAAAUUAGACUCACCUUUUUCCCCACAGCCAGUUCAGUAAAACACUCGAUUGACUCUGAACAUCCCUAGCUGUAAGCAGAUUUAUUUUACGUUAGAAUCAUUUCUCUUCUUCCUUAAAGUUAAGCUGAAUAUUAAUAAUUUGCGUGUUCCAAAAAAAUGGAAAUACGUCUUAACUAAAAGAGGAAUAGGCA